AUGGAAUUCGUUGAUAUGAAAAAGAAAACCGAUGAAAAUAUCGUUGAUCCCGACAUACGAGAAGAAGCUCACCGAUAUUCAGUGCGCACACGGAUGGCUUUUCUGCCAGAUAAGAUUCUCGGUGAUAUAUGGUAUUUCCGCUUGUUAACACUGUUUUAUUAUUAUGCAUUUACUUAUAUCCACGGAUUUCAGAUUGUUGGAAUGGAGAAGGUCGAUCCAGAACAAGGUUGUCUUUUCAUAUCUCGUCAUUCGACACAUACUGCCGAUGUGCAAGCGACGCUCGUGUCUACGUAUCAUAAAACUGGUCGGGUCGUUCGAGCUCUGGUACAUCGUCAAGUAAUGUUUUUUUUUCCAUUUCUACGUUUGAUGGGUUGUGUACCGGGUAAACGCGAUACUGCCGUAUCUUUGCUAAACAGUGGAUUUUGGGUGGUGGUCAUUCCAGGUGGGGUUGAAGAAGCAAUGGUCGGCCAUGAGAAUGCAUAUAAAGUGUGUUGGCCGGAAAAUCGUAAAGGUUUUGUUCAUGUUGCAACGCAAGCAAACGUUCCGAUUAUCCCAACAUUCAUGGCCAAUCAAGAAGAGAUGCGAUGGAACCCUAUCCUUUUCCUCUGGAAUCUUCUUGGCCUUGGCCGUUUAUAUUCUUCCAUUCUCAAAUUAGAAAUACCAUUUUUAACACCAUUUCUACAUGCAGUUGGCGGUCUUGUUUGGUUCAUCAUGACAUGGAUUCAAAUUCCAAUACCUGUUCAACUAACAUUAUAUGUAGGUGAUCCGGUGCAAUAUGACAUGUCUAAAGAUACCAUCGAUGACGUCGUUGAACGUUGUCGAUGUAGUUUACAAAAUUUAAUUAGUCAACAUCAACCACAUGGAAAAUCUUACAGAAAUGCUGUUAAACAACGAAUUGAAUCGUUACGAAACUUUUGGAAAGGAUACAUUUUCGGUACCAUUGAAAAGAUGCAAUGA